AUGGGCUCGGUGGUCGACGCGGAGACGGGCGAAGUCGUAGAGGGCACCAAACGACAGAGUCGGAGGUCACACACUAUGCAGAAUACUUCAGCUACUGCUAGCCGUAUGAAGGAUGCGGAAGAGAAGAAGUCUACGGUGCCCAAGAAAGCAAAGACGCCAGUCCAGAUACCGACACAACGCGAACUUAUGGAGCGUGCGCUGAAAAUGGAGAAAGGGAAUAUCAAGGAACACCGCGAAUAUCUGAGUACAGAGGAGGAGAAGCGCAGGAAGGCGCGUCUCGUGCGCACGGCCGUGCAAGGACCCCUCAUACGGUGGAUCAGCAAAAUCGAAGAAGUCACCGUGCGGAUCGACCCUCCGCCGCCUCCUACUCCGCCUACAUACGCUUACGCUCCCCCCGCGUAUCAGUACUAUUCCCCACCACCACCGCCACAGGUUGCGGCGGCUAGUAACGGGCAUCCUAGAUCGUUCUUGCAUGUUUCCGCUGCAUAUCACGCAGGUCUCGAACAGCCUAAUGCCCCAACUGGUCACCAGCCGCAACCUCAAUACCCGGUGUAUCCCGCUGAUCCACGAACUCAAUACACGCCCCCAGUUCCGUCGCAAUCACAGGCAACAUCCUCUGCAUCAUCUCCGGGACCUUCACAACCCGCUUCUCAUCCACAGCAACAACAAUCGCCUCCGUCAUAUUCCCAGUCGACGCCUUAUCCGUAUCCGUAUUAUUACUACCAUCAGUAUUAUGCGCAGCCACACGCCGCCCCUAGUCCAGCAGAGCCCAUAGAACGGACAGAGAAGGUGACGAAGAACUACGUCAUACACGAGCUGUCACAAGAGGUGAAACAGCGUCCUCCGUGGCACACGACCAUGAAAGCUAUGUUCGGAGAUCACGUCAAGUGGGAAGAGCUGAGGGUAUACACGUCGAAAGGGAGACCUCUAUCUCGGCCAGUACAACACUGUCCCAUCACUGGGAAGGUAGCCAUUUAUCGCGACCCUCGGACCAACGUACCGUUUGCAGACGUCGCUGCGUACGAUACGCUGACCAAGGUUUUGGAGCACGAGUUUGUCUGGAAUGACAGUUUAGCCUGUUACGUUGGCUAGGUUCAUUGACAGCUUGCAGAUUGUUGUCCACCGGAGUUGUAUAUUCAUUCACGGUCUGAUCAUCGUUGUCUGUGAUGCCGUGCCAAUAUUGCAGCAUUGAGCCUGAAGCUGACGCGCUGAAGGCCUACAGUCCAAG